AUAACACAGGUACUUAUAGUGUAUAAAAUAAAAGAUAAAAAAAAAAAGGGGAAGAAGAGGAAGAAGAAACAUCCAAUCAAACAAAAAGAGAAGAAAGUGAUUUGGUAAGCUGUGCCUUUCUGUCCUCUCCUCUCUUAAACUCUUCCACCCCCAGUUUCCGGCAACGACCCAACCACAACCCUGACAGCAAGCAACGAGGAAGUCACAGACAUGGUCACAUUCUCUUACUCAAAAUAAAAAAAAAUAAAAAAAGGAAAACCCUGAAAAUUGGUAUGAGGUGAAUUAGACAAGUAAAUGGGUGGUUGACUUGAGCUUCUCUUCAUCGCUCACUCACUGGUUUUGCCUCAAGUUUGUUCCAUUUUUUCGGAGGGAAGGAUAUACUUUUGGAUAUGCCCAAUUGGAAACCAAGUUUAGUUCUAUGAUAUGAUUGAUCAGUUCAUCAAUUUUGUAAUUCGCCCUCCCAGGGCGGAUUACAAUCCAGAUCAGUAUUUAUGGGAGAAGGAUUUCACUCUUGCUGGUAGAGCAUACAAGAGACAAGACUUGGAGCUUACCAAUGCAAGGGGUCAUACCUUGCGAUGCAGUCAUUACUUGCCUUCGCCUUUACCUGAAGAUACUCACCUUCCUUGCGUUAUAUACUGUCAUGGAAACAGUGGAUGUAGAGCAGAUGCAAAUGAGGCUGCUGUAAUUCUUCUUCCUUCAAAUAUCACUGUUUUUGCUCUUGAUUUUUCGGGUUCUGGCUUAUCGGAUGGUGAUUAUGUGAGCCUUGGUUGGCAUGAGAGAGAUGACCUCAAAGUAGUGGUCUCGUAUCUAAGAAGCAACAAACAAAUAUCACGUAUAGGCCUCUGGGGACGAUCCAUGGGUGCAGUCACUAGCCUUCUUUAUGGAGCAGAAGAUCCAUCUAUAGCUGGGAUGGUUCUGGAUAGUGCCUUUGCAAAUUUAUUUGAUCUAAUGAUGGAACUUGUUGAUGUGUACAAAAUCAGGCUUCCAAAAUUUACAGUUAAGAUGGCUGUACAGUACAUGCGACGGGUGAUUCAGAAGAAGGCAAAAUUUGAUAUUAUGGAUCUUAACUGCCUAAAGGCAGCACCCAAAACAUUCAUUCCUGCUCUAUUUGGGCAUGCUAGCGAGGACAAAUUCAUUCAACCCCACCAUGCUGACCUCAUCUUUAACUCCUAUGCAGGGGAUAAAAACAUUAUAAAAUUUGAUGGGGACCACAACUCUUCUCGACCACAGUUUUAUUAUGAUUCGGUUUCCAUUUUCUUUUUCAACAUCCUUCACCCUCCUCAAACUUCAGCUUCUUCAAAUAAGCUUGAGAGAUAUUAUGAUUUGGGUGAUUUGAAAGUCAGUGCUGGCAUGGAUGAGAGCCUCCUAUACGAGAUAAUCACAGGCCUACGUUCAGCCUGUACCGAUGUUGCAAGUUCUUCUUCUGUUCCUCCUAGCAUUCCAACCAAGAAACCUGUGAGCGAACUUCUCUAUGAAAUUGCACCGUUUGCUAAUAUAGUGGAGUCUGUGGCUAACGAAAAUGCUGGGCCUUGCAGCGAUGAGUCAUCAAAUUUGCAGGGAAAGUCAAAUGGCCAGAGUGAGGACUGUUGCUCAUAUACAAGCUCUAAUAGAGAGAGUUGGGGAAGAUGCUCCUCCCUGGGAGGCAGUGAUGAAGAAUAUCCUUCUGAAUGCAGAGCUGUGGACAAUAGCCAUGAGAUGACUCUAAAGGCAUUUGCAACACCUCUAAGAAGCAUACAACAAAAAUCUCCAGACCCAGCAAAGGAGGAGGAGAAGAAGGAGAAGAAGAAGAAGAAGAAAGCUCUCACAGUGCCGAAGAAGCUCAAGGGUGAGAAAUUUGAAAAGCUUGAGGCUUUCAGCAAACGUCUACGACAUUGCAUUCUAAGGAGGGGAAACCACCAAAGGCAUUGUUCUUCAUGACAGCUUCUGUACCAUAGAAACAUGUGUUCAUAAUCCACCUCCAAGUUUGAAUUGUUGUGCUUUUCAUCCGCACCACUUUUUUAGCUGGUAGGCAUUGAUUUUCUCCUCUGAUAUCUUGGCGCGAUUUGGUCCUCUUUUUUAUCUUUACAAUCUUGAUGGCGUGGAAA